AAACGAAAAACUUUUCUUUUGUCCUGUUUGUCACUUCCGGAGUGCGGACAUCACAAACUCAAGCAGGUGUCUGUGUGAUGGUAUGAUGACCAGACGGAGUGGUGCUGUGAGGGACUGCAGCCCCGGAGGCUGAGCUCCUUCACCUUUAGCCCGUCAGGAUGAACACGGCUUCAGUGGCUUUCAGUAAGUCCUGCUUUGUGUUCUUCCUGGGAUUGUGCUCCCUCCUCCUCCUGCUCAUCCCAGCUUUCCAGCCUCCGGCCCGGCUUGUAGACCUGCCUCAACCCCGACCCCAGGUCAGACCGGCCCCAGUGCACCAUGCUGAGGUUCCAGGAGGUUCUGUCAGCGCUGACGGUGCAUAUUCAGACUCUGGGCUCGUAGAAGCUCUAAGAACACCCGUUCUAACCAAAGACUUCAGGAAUGAAAUCCUUGAUCUCCAAAGUGGUAAAGACACGAGAAGUCCUGGAAGACUUGUGGACUCAAGUUCACGGUCCAGGCCUCCAGACCACUUAGAACUGAAGGACAUUUUUAUUGCGGUGAAGACCACCAAAAAGUACCACAAGUCCAGACUGGAGCUGCUGAUCCAAACCUGGGUGUCCCGAGCUAAAGAGCAGGUGAGGAUUUAUCUGUUCCCCUCGUAAAACUGGACUGUUCUUAAACUGUGCUGUUGUCUGAUUUCUCUUACAGGAGCUCAUAUCAUCAACACUAACUGCUCGGCAGCUCACAACCGACAGGCUCUGUGCUGCAAGAUGUCUGUUGAAUAUGACAAAUUCAUCGAGUCCCAGAAGAAGUGGUUCUGCCACGUGGAUGAUGACAACUAUGUGAUCCUGCCCAGUCUGCUGGAUCUACUUUCUUCCUACCAUCACAGCCAAGACAUCUACCUGGGCCGGCCCAGUCUGAACCACCCCAUAGAGGCUGCAGAGAGGGUCAAGAGUGACGGCUCAGUUUCCGUCAAGUUCUGGUUUGCCACAGGAGGAGCAGGUUUCUGUAUUAGCCGAGGCCUGGCUCUGAAAAUGAGCCCUUGGGCCAGUUUGGGGAACUUCAUCAGCACGGCAGAAAAGAUCCGCCUCCCUGACGACUGCACCAUCGGCUACAUCAUCGAGGCCCUGCUGGAGGUCAAGCUGACUCACACCAGCUUGUUCCACUCUCACCUGGAGAGCCUCCAGAAGCUACCCGCCGACACUUUGCUUGAUCAGGUGACUCUCAGUUAUGGAGGCUUUGAGAACAGAGGGAACGUGGUCGGCAUCGGUAAAAGCUUUUCACUGGCUGAAGACCCCACAAGGUUUAAGUCAGUCCACUGCCGUCUGUAUCCAGAUACUGAGUGGUGCUCAAAAAGUCGACCUGGACACAAAAACUGAAUAGAUCUGUGAGCGUCCUGCAGCACCGACGCAGCUUCAUUCUGAAAUAUUUGGACUGAGCCGCUGAAAUCAGCUCACCUUUAGGUGUGUAAUAUAUUCCAGUCUGACAGAAAGUGAUGUAAGACACUGAAAACUCCUUAGCUGUUUCCAAAUGAACGUGAUGGGAGCUGCUCAGGGUGAUCCGGUUUAUUCCACUGCUAAAGCUGCAGCAACACAAAUGUUUACAUCCACUCUUUAAGCCCCGAUUUUAGGUUCACAAGCUUUAUUUUUAUUUUUUGGUUUUCAGUACAUCAUUUUCCCAUGAUGCCUUGCUAGCCAAGAGGAGAUUGAUUGGAAAACUUAAAAACCUAAAGAUUAUUUUUAUUCCACACUUUGAAGAUGCAGAUUUAAAUGAUGAUCCAGAUACUUGGGAGAUUAGGUAAAAACAUCAUCAUCAUAAUCUUUUAACAAAAAUAAACAUUUUGUUUUAUGUAGAACAUUUGACAACAUGUGAGUAAGAAAAACCAAAUCAAU